UUUCUUUUUUCCCCCAACAAUUUAUAUCCGCCGGGCUUUUUGUCUUUUUAGCCUGCCUUUAUUCUUUUUCCUUUUCUACAACAACUGAAAAAAAAUUCUCUCUUUUUCUCUUUUCCGUUUUACUUUUUUAAACAAUCUCAAUUUUCGAUUCCUCUUCGGUUUUACCUUCCUUAAACCCUGUUGGAACUCGGAGUUGGAAGUCCACUGAAUUACAACCUCUUUAUACACAACAUUAUUCUUGUCGAGGAAAGCUUUGUUCUGCAAAUUUGAGGAUUCUAGUUCUGAAUUGGGUUUGCUUGAAUUUUUGUAUUUAUUGAGACAAUCUCAUCUUCUGGGACGUGAAAGCUGCUUCUAACUGCCGAAGUUCGCCAUUUGCAUUUGCCAUGGACAAGACUUUCUCAUGGUUUGAGAAUGUGCUGGACAAGUUUGAUAAUUUUAGUUCGGAUAUCAACGAUAUCAUAAAUCAGGUUCCAUUUGAGUACGCUGAAAACCAGUUAUUGAAAGCCGGAGCAAAUGUCAAGCAGUUCUGUUCAGAGUUUGUGGAGGAAAUGCUGCCAGAGACUAUUAUUAACACAUUGAAAGAGAAACCAUCACCUUCUGUUGCAGAACAAAUGAGAACUGAUAUCAAUGAAGAACCUACAAAGGCACCUUCUGAUGAUUCUUCUCCCUUUCCUAUGGAUAUCAUUGAAAAUGAGCAUUAUGAUUCACCCUUCGAAACAGGAACCAAUAUUGGAAAAGAUCUGUGCUUCGAGGAGCUUCGUAUUAGAGAUAUUGAAGUUUCCCAAGUGGAAGCUUAUAAUCAUGAUGGUGAAUGUCAUGAGAAUUUGCCUCAGAGUUCAUCAUCCAACCCACCUGCCAAAUUACUGCAAUUGGGUGAGCUUCUAGAUAGACACUCCGCAGAUCCCAAAGUUGAGCUUUCAACUGUGACCAGUCCAUCAUCCAUGUUCGCUGGAGUAGGGGAAUUGAGUGACACUGCUGAUGAAAAAAUUUCAGAUGUCAAAAAGGAGCAUCCAGCUGUCCCUUUAGACAACUCUAAGGUUACUCCUGGCUGUAAUGUAAACCUAUAUCCAGAGAAUCAAGGAAUUCCAUUAGGCCAUGAAGUAAGAACAGGAUCAAGCGACUCGAAUGGUGAAUCAGAUGUGAUCAAAGCAAAGGAGAUCGAGGAUAAUCAUGAUGUAAAAGCAACAGAGUUGAUUGAGGAUAAAUGCACAAUGCUAGAUACCCGAAAAUUGUGUCUUGCUCCUGAUUUGAUAGAGGAGACCUUCAUUUGUCAGGUAUUUUUUUGGUGGGGAAUCAUAAUGUGGUAUCCACGUGUAAUGUGUAAUUUUACUCCGCGAGUGGAGCCCUAUGUGUUGUUUACAUGCUUGUUGGCUAAGAGCGAGGUUUGACUGCUUAGCUUAGGUCGGUGAGGAUUAUUUAUGUGUAUUAUCUUCAUGACUUAAGACGUUCAACUGAUAGGUAUGCAUUGUGUUCUUUUUCCAUCAGGGAACUGUGUGCAAGUCUUGUUCAACAAUGCAGUUUGACAAAGAGUGUGGAUGCAGAAGGAUUUCUAGGGCUGUAGAUGGUGAUGCAGAAUCCGUUACAUAUGGAGGAAACUCUGAAUUCGAACAGUUGUUUAGAGGGGAAUCAGAGCUUCCAGAGCAAGAUUUUUCUGAGUCUGAUUGGGUGAUUGUAUAGGCCCUUAAGGCCUCCUUGAGAGCCAAACUUGGGAACUAAAAUGUGGUAUUUUGGCAUUUCAUUGACCACAAAAUAAUUCAGGGGAUGGCUAAAAUCAAUAAGGCUUUCUGUCUGUUUUUGGUUUUCAAGACAUUGAGGUAAUCUGUAAAUAGCAGGCAAUCAGUUGAAAAUUGACAACUGCUAGAAUUUUUGAUUUGUGGAAGUCUUCCUAUUGCUCUCUUUCUCUUUAUAUCAUUGGCCAAAUUUUGCCAGAUUUCCAGGAUGAUAUUAGAAGUGUUUUUAAAAAAGCACACAAUGUUCCAAAACCUAUAAAAUAUGAUAAACCCGA